GUCACACCGUUUGCCAUCAUCAUGACGGAUCAGCUGCAUGCCAGGCGGGGGCAGGCAAUGCUCAGGAAGAGAGGGGACAUCUUGCCCGAGAAUGCUGUUCCCAUGACAGACGAUGAAGUUUACGAAGUUCAAAUGAAGAGAAUUGAACAGUUCAAACCCGAAAGUGAAGUGAGAGCAUUUAAAUACGGCUCGUUCCUGGUCAGUGCCAAUGUGGCGGUGUCUGGCGUGAUGAUCAGCAACAUUGUACGGCAAAACUUCAACUUGGGAGCCCUCCGUCGCGGCCUCACGUACGGCCCAGCUCUAUUCAUCCCGUCCAUCAUUUCCGUGGGCAUCCACGAGAUGGCGGUGAAGAGAAGCAUACUUCUUGGCAAAGAGGAGUGCCCUCUGUGCAUCUCUCUUCGCUCUGGAGUCCUACAGGUGGCCAGCGGCGUCGUCUACCCUUACGUCCUGUCCAUACUGACCUGCCUACCCACGGCAAGAGACUACUACACACUUCCUCUUCCUGCCAGCAAGUCUGGGACGAGUUAUUUCAAACUUCUGAAGCAGGUUUCGCCGUCGAAAAUGACCAUGCUAUUGUUGGCGCUGAGCAACAUGUUUGUGGGCAUGUGGAUGGCCCGGAGAGAGCUUCAGAUCUUCCACAAACAUUUUGAAAAGCCUCCAAGGCAGUUGGAGAUGCCUGUGGACCUGGAUAGUAACUGAUGUUGACUAGUGUUUUGUUCACUUUCCUGAGUUAGACAGAAGGGAUAUAUGUUUUGUAGUUUUUUAAGCUGUGCGCAAGUCAAACUACUUUGAGUCAGAUGGAUGCUUUUUUUUCUGUGGUGUACAGAUACAAUACAUGAUACUUCGCCUCAUUUAA